CACCCUGCGACCACGCCUCCGGAGUCGAACGAGGAGGCCGGGCGCGGAGCUCAAAGGGAAUUGUAGUUCUUGUGCGUUUGACGUUACCUUUGAUAGGCCAGAGAACGGCGAGUCAGAGCACUACAAGCCCCACACUCCCCUGCGCAGCCCCGCCCCUGUCAGGUCCUCCGCUGGUCUGUGUUCGUGUUGCGGCUGCAGAGUCUGUAGGAAGCGGAGAGGACAGAGGGAAGCGAUGGGAGACUUGGCUGACAGUGCAGACAGGAAGCAGCAGGGGACUCUGGAUGAGCGAGAGUUCGACCGCCAGUUUGAGGAGAUCGUGAAGGAGCUGACUGAGCCCGACCUGAACCACCCGGAGAUCGGGGACGCCAUCCGCAGGCUGAGAGAGGUGCUGGAGUACAACGCCCCCGGGGGGAAGCGGAACCGCGGCCUGUCAGUCAUCGCCUCGUUCAGAGAGCUGUCCCUCCCGCAGACCCCCGACGCGGAGAGCCUGCAGCGCGCCCUGGUGGUGGGAUGGUGCAUUGAGCUGCUGCAGGCCUUCUUUCUGGUGGCCGAUGACAUCAUGGAUGCCUCAGUGACCAGGAGGGGGCAGCCUUGCUGGUACAAGCGGGAUGGGGUAGGGCUGGAUGCCGUCAAUGACUCCUUCCUGUUGGAGGCUGUGAUCUACAGACUGCUGAAGAGAUACUGCAGAGCCCAGCCCUGCUACCUGAACCUCAUCGAGCUCUUUCUGGAGACCUCCUAUCAGACUGAGCUGGGCCAGGCGCUGGAUCUGAUGACCGCCCAGCCGGACCGGAUCGACCUGACCCGGUUCACUGAGGAGAGGUACAAAGCGAUUGUGAAGUACAAGACUGCUUUCUACUCCUUCUACCUGCCGGUUGCUGCUGCCAUGUAUCUGGCUGGUAUUGACAGUGAGGAGCAGCACAGCAAUGCCAAGGCAAUCCUGCUGGAGAUGGGAGAGUUCUUCCAGAUACAGGAUGAUUUCCUGGAUUGCUUCGGCGACCCCGCGGUGACGGGAAAGAUUGGGACGGACAUCGAGGACAACAAGUGCAGCUGGCUGGUGGUGGAGACGCUGAAGAGAGCGAGCCCAGAGCAGAGGAGGGUUCUGGAGGAGAGCUACGGACGGCAUGACCCGGGCAGUGUGUCCCGUGUGAAGUCUCUGUACGCGGAGCUGGGAAUGCCGGCGCUGUUCCAGGAGCACGAGGAGAGGAGCUACCAGCAUCUGCAUGAGCUCAUCCAGCGCCACGCCAACACCCUCCCCCACGCCGUCUUCCUGUCCUUCGCACAGAAGAUCUACAAGAGGAACAAGUGAACAACCGGGGGGGGGAGGGAAUUGAGGGACGGACCGGCAAAUAAAGAAAUACUGUCGUGUGUCAGAAACAGCAAAGUCAGCAAGAGAAAGGUCAUUUAGCUGCAAACAGCAAUGUGAAUAAUUGAUUUCAAAAUAAAAACCUGUUCUGUCUGGA